UUCUCUUUUAUGUCACUUGAGUGGUGCGAGUUUUCAGUACGUUCACAAUUUCUUCCCACUACAGCUCGGUUGGGGGAAUCAUAAAAAUCAUACAGUUGACACGAGUACUGUUUUUAAACGCUAUUUUAUUUGCUACGUUUCAGUUUUCUUUGCGUUAAACAAUUUGAGAUCUGAGCGGAACUAAGGUAGUCAAGUAGCUGAAUUAGUUCCUUCAGAAAAGAAGCGAUACACUUGCUGUGUCAUUUCACAAUGGCGGACCAGGAGGAGGCCGUGAGGGAAUUUGUAGCUGUAACUGAUGUUGAUGAAGAGAGAGCCCGCUUUUUCCUGGAGUCAGCAGGGUGGGAUUUACAGCUGGCCUUGGCUAGUUUCUAUGAAGACGGUGGCGACGAAGAUAUUGUGACACUCCCUCAGCCCGACGAAUCAUCACUGAUGCACCCUGUUGGUCCAAGGAGCCAACCCAGAGUGACUUCUUUCAGAGAUCUGGUCCACGAUCAGGACGACGAGGGCAGUGAGGAGGAAGGACAAAGGUUUUAUGCUGGGGGAUCGGAGCGCAGCGGGCAGCAAAUAGUUGGCCCCCCGAAGAAGAAGAGCCCCAACGAGGUGGUGGAGGAGCUGUUUAAGGGGGCCAAGGAGCACGGGGCCACACCUGUGGAGAGGGCUGGGCGGGGCCCCGGAGAGGCCAGUGGGUCACGGGCGUUUGGGGGCGGAGGCUAUCGCCUGGGCGCCGCCCCGGAGGAGGAGUCAGCCUAUGUGGAGGGAGAGCGACGGCGCACUGACCCGGCUCAGGAUGUGCAUGUGGUGCUGAAGCUGUGGAAGACGGGCUUCAGCCUGGACGACGGCCAGCUCCGGAACUACUCCGACCCCGCCAACGCCCACUUCCUGGAGUCCGUGCGCAGGGGAGAGAUUCCUCAGGAGUUGAGGCAGCUGUCUCGUGGAGGGAAGGUGAAUUUGGACAUGGAGGAUCACCGUGAUGUGGAGUUCUCCAAGCCCAAGUCUGCCUUCAGGGCCUUCGGAGGGGAGGGGCAGAAACUGGGCAGCUCGGCCCCUCCGGGGAUGCCCCCUUCUGGAUCACUGGGCGGCCAGCAGGACCAGGCAGCCACCGAAUUGCAGGCCAGCGCCUCUGUUGCCCUUGACGACACGCAGCCAGUGACCAGCAUCCAGAUUCGGCUGGCUGACGGGGGCCGGCUGGUACAGAAAUUUAACCACAGCCACAGCGUGUCGGACGUGCGGCAGUUUGUGGCCAGCGCUCGCCCCGCCAUGGCCGCGGUGGAGUUCGUGCUGAUGACCACGUUUCCCAACAAGGAGCUGACGGACGAGAGCCAGACACUGAAGGACGCCGGCCUGCUGAACGCUGUGAUCGUGCAGCGGCUGAAGUGAGGCUGCCCCCCUCCCCCCCGCUGGCCGGACUGAAUCACAGGACCGAUCCCUGCAGGAAUACCGGCCCCUGCUGGCGGGGCUGACCAGGCGCGCCCGAUUCCUGCAGGAUGGUCGCCCCCUGCUGGCUCGGCUGACCCACCGCACCCGGUUGCCACUGAAGACACAAACACUGCAGGAUGCGCGUUCCUGUUUUGUAACUUCCUGUACAGUACUGCGUGUCCCCCCUCAUUGGUUUGUGAAACGGCACAGUUGUCUUCCAACGGGAGGGGGUGAAUUUGGGUUGCAUCUUGUUGCCGAGGAGAAGAUGAGUGAGUGAAUAUUGGGUUGAAUUGGCUGAUUGUGAAUAGAACUAAUAAAGCUUUUUUUUACCUCUGGUGA